CCACCCUCCACCAUUCCAUUCCAUUCCAACCACACUCUACAGUACACCCAACCCUCAUCCCAUAAUCCCACCAAAAACACGAAACUUGCCAACUCUCAAAUGACAAACGACCCAACGCUCCUCUCGGACCUUUCCACCCUCCUCACCACCCUCAAAGACAUUGACCUGCAUUCCAAUGACGUGUCAUGUCUUGAUGGGCUUGAUAUAGCGGGGUUGGGACGACAAAUGGAUUCCGCGAAUGCUGUUUUGGACCAAUUAGAAUCCCGAACCGAUGCAUUGAUGCAAAAGAUUGAUGCAUUGCUGGAAGAAGGACAAGAAAAUCAAGAGGAUGGAAAAACAAUGGACUCGGAGGUAUCAAAAGAAGAAACAAUAGAACCUGGCAAGCCAAGCACAUAAGUUUGGGCUUGGCGUUUCUUGUUUUUCAAUAUGGGAUUUGUUUUUUUUUUUUUUGACCAAGAUACAUGUCCAUAUACGACUAUUAUGAUUGCAAUUGAAUGAUAUAUUAUAGUAUAAUUUGCAUAUCAAGACAUCAAGAGGCUACAUACAAAAAAUGUAAACAGCAAAACUACC